CCGCUGUCCGCACGCCGGUGCUGAUCCACGCAGAGGCCGCGCGUCGCCCCGUGCGCUUCCGCGGCCGAAGCGAAGAUCGAGGCACCGAAAGCCCAUAGCCUGGUAGAAGGGCCAGGGCGGCGCCAAGUCCAGCCGAGUACGGCCCGCGAUGCCUCUCGAAGCCGGCACGCCCGCCGCCUCCGUGAAGCAGCCAGGCCCCGGGGCCGCCGAGCUCUGAGGCCGCGCUCGUGCCAUGGCCGCCCGGGGAGGACCGGGCCCCGGCUCCCGGCACCGCGCGCUCUGCGGGCUGCUGCUGCUCUGCCUCUGGCUGCCCGGCGGCCGGCCCGGGGAGCCCACCGCUCCAUCGUCCGGGGUGGAUAGGCUGCUUCAGGACUUUCGCCGGCAGCUACAGCGGGCACGGCCUCGCGAGGAGCUGGAACCGGAGCUGCUGGGCGGCCCGCGGGAGGAUUGCCCGGGUGCGGGCGGUACGGCGGUCUACCGGGCGGUGCCCGACACCAUCAUCCGCCCGCAGGACUCCAUCGCGGCGGGAGCCAGCUUCCUGCGCGCGCCCGGGACCGUGCGCGGCUGGCGGCAGUGCGUGGCGGCCUGCUGCUCCGAGCCGAGCUGCUCGGUGGCGGUGGUGCAGCUGCCCCGGGGGCCCAGCGUGCCCGCACCCAUGCCCGCGCCCCGCUGCUACUUGUUCAACUGCACGGCGCGCGGCCGCAGCGUCUGCAAGUUCGCGCCGCUCCACGGGUUCCGCACUUACACCCUCAGUCGCGCCGGGGACGCCGCCGGGUUCUCUGCCGGGCCAGGUGAGGACGAGCCUCCAGUCAGCAGGGCUGGGAAGGAUGUGGUUUUACAGCUGCCCACAGACGGGGUAGUUCUAGACGGCCGAGAAAGCACAGAUGAUCACGCCAUUAUCCUUUAUGAGUGGACGCUGCAGCAGGGUGACCCGUCGUCAGUGGACAUGAAGGUGCCUCAGCCAGGAACCCUGAGGCUGUCCCGCCUGAAGGAAGGAGCGUACGUCUUCCAGCUGACUGUGAUUGACUCUGUGGGUCAGAGAAGCUCCGACAACGUGUCUGUGACUGUGCUUCCCCCGCUCUACUCCAUGGGAGAUGAGGGAUGCUCCAGUGCUUGUUCCCGCUACCAUUUCUUCUGUGACAGUGGCUGCUGCAUUGACAUCGCCUUGGCUUGUGAUGGCGUGAGGCAUUGUCCAGACGGGUCUGAUGAAGCCUUCUGUCAAAACUUGUCUCUUGACCGCAAGUGGGUGACACACACAGUGGCUACUUCUGCCCAGCCAGGAGUCACGGGAUUAAGUGAAGGUGAAGGAGACCCCAGGUCGGGGUCCCAGAGAGCCACCACCCACAGGCAGCCGGCUCCUGCAUCCCACACAGAGAAGAGGAUACACUCCACCCAGAAGGCGCCGGAGAGUCAGAUCCAUCCUGUCCAGCCAGACAGUAAUUCCUCAGGAAAGAACCAAGAAGAAGGAAAUUACUUUCUCAAGUCCAAGAGUGGCAAAGCGCGAGCGGAGCACCCUGCCCCGGAAGCAGGUCAGUGUGAACCGUGCAGACACUACAGAGUUGACCCGAGCACAACGUUGUUCCUCUCCAUUUCAUAGCUGGACAACACCAAAAUACAAAUUAUAAACAACUGAUGUCUGAGCACAGAUACAGCUGUCAGGCACCUGUCUGCAUGCCCUGCAGCCUGCUGGCCUAUUGCACUGGGCUUGUCUCAGAGUGUUAGAUAAGACUCCCUGUCACUCGUCAACUGUGGAGCUGUGGCCACGUAUCUCUGGAGACUCAGUUCUUUUUUUUAGAAAUUAUUAUUAUUAUUAUUAUUGAUUUGUUUUAUGUCUAUGAGUACACUGUUGCUGUCUUCAGACACACCAGAAGUUGGCAUCGGAUCCCAUUCCAGAUGGUUCUAGGAAAGCCUACUCUCUCAUUCCUUCCAGUUUCUGGGGCUCGAGGGGUUUCUGAGCUCAUGGUGGCUGUAACUUUAACCUUUGUACAUCUCUGCUUCCAGGGUGACCUGGGUGUGCAGAGCCCUAAUCAUCAACCAAUCCACUGCUGCGCUGACAGAGUUGGCACUUUUCCAGAAAUAGGGUGGAAACUGGAUCAAUGAGCCACCCACCUCACACACAUUCAUUAAAACUAGCAGGGCCUUUCAAGAGCUGUGUUGACUCAGGAAGUGGGACAGGGUAACUUUAUUAAAAACCACAGCUUAACAGGUGUGCCUUUUCCUGUGUGUGGUUUGAUUCACUGUGGCGAUGCUACAGAGGGCUGCAGAGCACAGUGACUCUUUCUGCCAGUGACCUGGAGGAAGGUCUGUACCCACAGAACUCCUAACUCCUACCCACUCGGUAACCACCACUUUCAGAAAGAACAUCCUUUCUGCGAUUCUUUGUUCAGAUGUGUUUGUAACCAAGAAAUGUAUGUGAAAGAGACUAUUAGUACUAGGGAAAAUAGAGAUAGAAUCUGUUUAGUGUGAGAUUUAUCUUCCUUGGUUUUAUGCAAAUAUUUAAAUUAUAAAAGAUUAGAUGUAUAUUAAAAUUGUAAUAUUUUGACAUAAAUAAAUAUUUAUAAAUAUUUAAAUCUAUGUAUAUAAUAUAUUUAUGAUAUUUUAUAUAUAUAUAUAUAUUUGAUGCAAUAUAUAAAAAUAAGACAGGAAACUUUAAUUUUCUGAAUUUCAUGCAUUUUUCUAAAAGCAUGUACUGUUUCUUUCUCUAUUAAGACAUGUUUGUCCUAUGGGGAUGGGGCAUCUGGGAAAGGGGAAAUCAUUUGGAAUGUAAACAAAGAA